AUGAAAAAAGCAAACUCAAAUGGUAAUGAGAGAGAAGCGAAGCGAGGAAGAAAGUGCACGAGAAGAGAACAGCUGCAGAGGCACUUGAAGUUCGGUGAUGGACCAAGGAAUUUCAAGAAACGGAUGAAAAGAAGGCAUGCAGUGGCUCACAGUAAUUUAAGGGUCGUCACUCUCUGGAAUGGUGUGACAGAGGAGGCCAUAGAAUCUCGUCCAGGCAUAGGUCAAACACUCGAUGGAAAGAUGGAAGAAAAGGGGAAAGCGAUUGCACGACUCGAGGUAAAGGAUGUUUCAGACGCGCCCAGCAAUGAUGAUCUCGAAGUGCUUCAUCUGGUCAGGGAACCACCUCUAGAAUGUUUCGAACUCGUCAUGGAUGAUGAAUCAGGAGCACCUCCUAGAAUAUCCAUGUUUGAAGAAGUAAUUAGAAGGAAAAGCAUCUUGGCUGAAACGACAAAGCUAGAAUCAUACGAUGUCGAAAGAAUCGCAUUGUUUCACCAAAUUCUCUGCAGGGCUUAUAACGACAUUAUCGAUUAUACCAAUUGUCUUUGGGAAUUUCUCGAAGGGCAAACGGACUCCCUUGGUUGGGUUCGGGAGCGUUGGGAAGACCUUAUCUCAAUCAAGGAUUUCUUUGACGAAGAUGAUAAAGAUCCAGAGAUUCUACUUUCGCCAGUGGUAAUCAUGAGGAGGUUUCAUCAAGCUUUCAUAUUCCUUGAGGAUACCUGGAAAGCGAUAUUAGACCAGAAUUGGGGAAAUUUAGAGAUUUCGUUGUCAGCGGUCGUGGCGAUUAGCGAUGUCCGAACUACCAUGAAGUCAGUUGAGCCUCAAUGUGACAAUCGUGAUUUCGAUAAAUUCGGCUGCCGUUAUCCUGACGGGAAGCUCCAGCCCGCGAAGAAUUUACCGACUGAGAAUUGUCACACAGUCAAGAGAGUUCAACUGUUUGAAACGGAACCGCCAGCUAAAAUGACCAGAUUGAUGGAAGAACAUGCAAGCUUGUGGAUCAAGAAGCUCACGGGAUGCCCUUGUGGGACGUGGUGUGCAGGGCCUUCACAAAGCUCAUGA